AGUAAUUCAGGGGUAAUACAAAAUGUCUCUUCUUCACAAACAGGCCUUAAAACAAAGAUUAGGAGGUGGUCUGCCGCCAAUGCCACCUUCAGGUGUUGGAGGUGCCAAAAAGAAAGGAAAAGCUUUUGGAAAACAACGAGAUUACUCACCAGUCUACUGGGACAAUUACUUUGAGCAUAAACAUGAUGUUCCAGUGGGAGAAAACACAUUUCGUGUGUACGAGUGUGGAAGUGAGGGGCCGGUCUUGCUGUUCCUACAUGGGGGAGGAUACUCGGCUCUAUCCUGGGCUGUGCUUUGCGGGGCAGUUUCCCAUCUUGUGAAGUGUCGGUGUGCCGCCAUUGACCUCAGAGGACAUGGGGACAGUGUGUCAACAGAUGACAAAACUUUGUCAGCAGAAGUAUUGUCAAGUGAUGUUGGUGCAGUUGUGAGGGAGCUGUAUGGUGAAGAGCCGCCAUCCAUCAUUCUGGUGGGACACAGCAUGGGUGGAGCUAUAGCUGUGCAUGUAGCAGUUCAGAGCUUGAUCCCGUCACUGGCGGGGCUGAUUGUGAUUGACGUGGUAGAGGGAACAGCACUCGAGGCCCUGACCAGCAUGCAGGGAUUUCUGAAGGGCCGCCCAAAAGUGUUCCGCUCACUCGAACAUGCCAUAGAGUGGUGUGUUAGGAGUGGUCAGGUGAGAAACCUGGAGUCGGCAAGAGUUUCAAUGGUUGGUCAGGUAAAAAGGCUGGAUACAAAUGAGACCGCAUCUCAUGAGCUUGAAUACAACCAUGACCACCCAGAUGAUAACACAGAUAACCAGAGUGGCCCCCAGCCUAAACUCUUGUAUGCACCUGAAAACUCAAAUAUGAUCAAGGAGGAAGAUGAGGAGGACGAGGAAGGAGAAUCAGAGGAUCACAAUUUACAACCAGCCAAUCAGGAACAAAGUCAGAGUUCAGCUACACCCAAUGAAAGCCAGCAAUCUUCAAAUACCUCUUCAGAACAAUCUCAUGGCCAAGGACAGUCGCCAACAAGCUUUAAAGCACCAGAGGCUCCUGGUCAUCAGUAUACGUGGCGUAUAGACCUGAGUGAGACUGAGCGGUACUGGAGGGGAUGGUUUGAAGGCCUUUCCAACAAGUUCCUCUCCUGUGAUGUCCCCAAAAUGCUGCUGCUUGCUGGUGUUGACAGAUUAGACAAGGAUCUGACAAUUGGUCAAAUGCAGGGUAAAUUCCAGAUGCAGGUAUUACCCAGGUGUGGCCAUGCCGUACACGAGGACGUACCUGAGCAGGUUGCUGAGGCCCUGGCAACAUUUCUUACAAGAUACAAGAUGGCGUCUGCAACAGCUAACUUUACAUCGGUAUUCCCUGGCUGCUGAUGUCAACAGGAAACCAUUUCAAGUAUAAUGUUUUUUGGACAGUGCAUCCAUAUUGUUGACAAUGUAUCCUGGUUAUCCAAGAGAAAAGGUUUAUGGAUAAGGUGAAGAAGUUUAAAACAUGAGCAGAUACUGUGUUAGGUAUUUAAUAGGAACAUGAGAUUUAUAAUUGCCACCGACAGAAGUCGUACAUAUAGGUCAAACUUGUAUUUACAGUACUGUGUUAAGUUCAUAUUAAGUAUUAAAUGUUAAAAGAACUGACAGUAUUGAGAGUAUGAUAAGCCAUGAAUGUUUCAGAGACUACUCUGGUGUGUUACUCUUACGCUAUCAAAUAUCCACAUUUUGUUUGAGAAAGUGACAUUAAACUGUAUGCUGCACCUGGACAGUGAAGCUUUGUUGUAGGUGGUAGAGUCCGUUAUUUGACUAUGUUUAUUCAAUUGUUUCUUAAAAUUAACGGUAACUGCCACAAAAUACCAAUGCCCAUCUUAUGAACAAUCCAUUUGGAAAUACACAUCCUUCGCCCAAUGAUCAAAUCUUGCACCUCUGUUGCAUCAUACACACAUGUAUAAUUCUUUACCAUAUUUGUUGUUUAAAGAAUGGUAAUACCUUAGUAAACAUUUUAUUUUCUUAAUGUAACUUUGAUUAGCAUGGACUGUUGACAUGAACACUCUUCAGAUACAAAUUCAGUUUACUUUGUGCCUGUUUCCUCCAUCAAGAGUGGUGAUAUUUAGUUUAUUGUGCCAUCAAAUACUAUUUCUAUGCUUUGAUUUUGAUCUUGUAUUUGUGUGUAUUCCUUUGACAGACUCAUGUAUUAUAUUUGAGUACCUAUAGUUAGUAUCUAAAAAAAAAAUGAAUAUAUAAAAGGAAUGAAAUGCAGUUGACAUGCUUUGAUGCAUUUUAUCUAAUUUGUGAAAGCUGUUUAGACAAUUGUGGACAUGUUAUUGUACAUGUUUAUGAAUAAUUAUUUGUAUAUAUAAUAUACAACUCAUAUUUUGUUAAGAAUCACAUGUACUUAGUUUUAUGUCAUAAUAUAAAGUUGUUAAGGGAAAUAUAUACCUCUACUUUAUACAAAAAAGUAAUUAGACAUUCAUUCUUGGACAAAAUGAUUAUUUUGUCAAAAAGCUAGUAUCAAGUGAACUGACAUUAAAAAUGGUGUUAAGUGUAAUACCAGCAUCUUACAAUACAAUUCAAAUCACUUGUAAGGCAUACCCUUGAGUUAAGUAAAGCCAGAUGUUGAAGUUUCAGAGCUCUUACAAGUUCAGUAAUUCUGCAACAAUUUCUUUUGAAAUGGACAAAUAAGCAUUAUAUCAGUAAUGCCAAUUACCCUUCCUUCGAUAUUGAAAGCCUAUAUAAGGACAUGUUAGUAGUAGCCUUCGUUGAUCCUUAGCAAAAUUGUGUUGUAUACAAUAUGUAUUGUGCUCACAGAUCAGGAGUGUACAUUUGUACAGCUUUAUAUGGGUUUUGCUGUGUAUAUCAUGUAUGUUAAGAAAUUCUGAUACUAUGGUUGUAAUAAAUUGUAAAUAGCGA